GCCAUACACGAAGCCACACACAUAGUCAUCAUAUUGGCGUCACGUAUGCAUUUAUCUGCGCAAAAAGCUUUAGAUCGGGGUAUUUUGUUGGACGUUAAAUGCAUUGCCUGUUCGCUCUUGCUAGCAUUAUUCGACCCUGGGAAAGGCUUAUACACGCUGGGUAAAAGAGGUAGAAGCGAUAUUUUGCUUAAUUCGAAGCAACCAGGUCUGUCACUGUAGCAUUUCACUGUGUGUCUACGGUAAUUCACAGUUACUCCAAGCAUCCAUUCUUUACUCCGAAAGUAGAACGCCCUAGCUGCUCCGAUGUCAAUGAUGACGGAGGAGAAGACUGCUCGAUAUCUAUCACAGAUAGGAAGAUGUAGCGACGAAGGCAGAGCAAACUUCGAGAGCCUGGUCGAGAGUAUUACAUCGGCUACCGAGGAGGACGUCGAUAAUGUUGAAAAAGAAGCGCGAGUUCAGGCAAGUCGAGCAAAACAAGAAGCAGAUGAUGCCAUCAGAAAGAUUUCGAAGGAAAGGGAUCGCCACAUCCGAGAAAUCCACCAAAAGACCGAACAGAAGGAAAAACUGAUUCGAGAACGAAAAGGGUCUUUGCUUGCCGAAAUCAGCAGACUACGGGAAAGCUUCGAGAACACGAUGAAAGAGAGACGCGGUCGCAUUGAAGCACAGGUAAAGAUGCGGUCAGGAGCUAAGGCCAGCCUUACAGCGGUCGAAGAAACCGAACCAUGCGACACUCUGCAGAACGUCGCCAAGGAUAGUCUUGAUACGGUGCGCCUCGUCACAGCCUCGUGCAGGAAGAUCAAAUUCACCCGACAACAAAAUGACUCGGAAGAUCUCGUGGGGACACUCAAUGGAGUACAACACUCGUGGGAGUUGCAGCGUAAUAUCCCAAUACCCACAAACAUAUCUUACCCAGAACUCCUUGCAAAAACCAAAGGCAACAGCGGUGUAAUCAUGACGAACGAGGUUAGAUCCGGGCUCUUUGAAAUAAAUACCGAUACCGAACAAGCGCGCACGAUCAUUGCGGACGCGCAGUUCGAUAUUUGUGACUGUGCAUGCGCGUACAAUGACACACUCGUUGUAAGUGACUACAAUAGUAAGACUAUUCAUAUUUAUGAUUUGACUGGUGCAUCGGUGAAAUCAAUAGGCAUCCCGUCGGCCCGCGCUAGGGUAGCCGUGACAAAGGAUGGCUUGGUGUUGGUCGGAGAUGAACUCAACGGGAAAAUCUAUUUCCUGAAUCCCAGGAACGGGAAAAUCAUCCGAACCUUACCCAUCGACGGGAAGAAAAUUAAUGGAAUAUAUUAUAUGAGCCGUGGCUGGAUCGUAAUACAAACCGGCAUUACGGUAAUCAGUGUAUAUGAUGAUUUAGGAGUCCUCAGGGAGACGAUUCAGGACAGUACGUGGAGUGAGCUGCGAUGCGCAGUGAGUCGUGACGUCAUCUACAUCAUGUAUAAAAAACAAGAUGACCCAAUCACGUACGUCGGAAUGCGUUCUCCAAAUUCAGGUCGCAUCGAGGUGAUCGUCCGAUGCAAGAUAUCGAGGUUCCUGCUAUCGGAAUUCAUUGUGACGUCCUCUGGAAAUAUCGCCAUCAACGGUGAUAAUGAGAUAUUGGUAUUUAACCAAGCACCGGGGUACGAAGCUGUUUUGAAGAGGUUAAAGUAGUAUAUUAAAAAAAAAUGAUAAACUUACAGUGGCAAUAUAAUUCGGACCCGUUGCUUUAUACGACUUUCUCUCUCUCUCUCUCUCUCUCUCUCUCUGUUUCCUCUCAAUUUUUUACACGAUUUCAUUAUUGUAUUAAAGUUAAUAGCCGCAUAAUAUCUACCCACUAAUCAGGUCUUAUCGGAUUUUUAUGCGACAGGCACAUGGGGCCCGUAACACAAAGCUUAGCAAUGAUCGUAGAACAUUAUUCUACGAUCGAUUGCAUUGACUACAAUGUACAGUCAAUUGUGAGAAUUGAGUUUACGAUUAAUAAUUAAUCUUUAUUUUACUGCACCCUGGAAACCAUCAACUUGUUGUAAACUACGGUCUACAACAUUCAUGUGCAAUAUCAAGCUUUGCAAUGGAAAUGUAUGAGCAAUAUCGAUUUAAAAGAGAUAUAUUGAGAUUAUCGUGUUUUUUCAUGUAUAUACCAGAUGUGAUGAGAUUCAAAACAUUUUGUAUGCAAUGCGAUACAGGUGGGUGUUUCAUAAAGCUGUUCAUAAGUUAAGAGCGACUUUAAGAAAGACUGGUGAUCCUUUCUAGUGGCAAAUGGUAAAUGCACCAAAAAUGUUCAUUGGCGACGUUUUAUUACGUAAGAAAGGGUCACCGCUCGGUCAUAAAGUCGCUCUUAGCUUACGGACAGCUUUAUGAAACAUCUACCCGGUCUGUAAUGUUAAAUUAGUUACAAUUAAUCUGUUUUUAAGUAGUCUUUCUCGUUUGUGUGACCUCAAAAAGGAUAGGUUAAUUUCAACAAAUAUCACUUAACCAGUAUAUCAACCCAUACUCUAUUAAAUUCCACACUGCAAAAAUACCGGUGCUAAAAAAUACCAGCUCGGAAUCUAUAUAGGAAAACAACAAAGAGGUGUUGAAACAGCACUACUUUAACACCAGGAAUUAUUUAAACAACACUAACGUGUUAAACCAAUAUCGACUUUAUUCUUUACUGGUGUUGUUUCAACACUUCCCUGGUGUUUUCCUAUAUAGAUUCCGGUCCGGUGUUAAAGCAACACAUGUGUUUAUACAGUGUAACCAGUAAAUUAGUUGAUUUGGGUCAUUUCUUUCACAUAUUCACUUACAGACUGGUUACUUUGGCCAAUCCUUUUUAAGAAAUCAUAUUUAUGAGUGAUGCCAAAAUCGCGUGUAAAAAUUAUGUGUUUUCCAUAUUGUGUGCAGUGAAUAAUCAUGUCUAUGUUAUUGGGGCCGUCGUGGUCUAGUGGUUAAGGUUUUCAAUCUUUCAAUCCGUGGGACGUGGUUUCGACCUAUAGGAAGUAAUUCCUCAAAACGCUGCAUAGCACCAAAAUCUGUAGAAGGAUACGUGGGCUAUAUGAAUUCUGUAUUAGGGCUAUUCUAUCAUUGUUAUUGGGGCUAUUGUAAAUUUAUUUUAUCAGGUUUGGGGUGUAAUGCAAUUGCUGAUGGGUAAGGCUAAUCAAAGUCAUUUCAUUUUUUUGGGAACAAUUACAACAGUUCCAAUGUUUUUUACUAAGAAAUUUUAAGAAAAUGUGUUGUAUAUUAUUGGUUUGCCUGCGUGGUUAUAAGCAUGAUAAGUAAUCAUUUUCAUGUAAAUAAAAGUAGUAGUAAU